UAUUAUAGAAUAUAUUUAUCAAUGUUUAUGCCUUUUUAUGUGGAUAAUUUUAUGACAUUUUUUUAUUUUGUUAGAGCGUAUGUGAUUUUGAAUCUGGAUGUAUUAUAUGAUGAAAGGAAACAUCUACUUUCUUGCGCAACCGCAUUACCCCAGGAAUUCAUACUCGGCAUAUACCAUGACUCGGAUACAAUACAGAAGAUACGUUUGGCAUACCUAGAGAAUGCUAAAGCGCAAACAUUCUGACAAAAAUGAAGAGCAAGUGUCUACAGACGACAAGGAUAACUUGGCUGAUACAGAUUAUUGCCAUAACUACACACAUGCUAAUCCCUGGAAAAAUGAUAUUAAAUUCAAGAAUCCCCUGUAUCCUCCUGUCUACGAGGUGCAUAAGGGAGGUUCAGAAGACAAAGAUGUGGACUUCCACGUACGAUGUCUCGCGUGUGACAGAGGAGUACGACACUUGGAUGCGGGGGACAACCCUUGGGUUUCCCACCGCCGCUGUUUUCCGGCAUGUCCAUUCGCCAGGAGAACCAAUGGGGACCAGUUUAUCGAGCUAAUUCAGGCUUCUGUCGACCAAGGGGAGGCCAUUUCUGAACUGGACGUAACAAUACCUGAGCUCGCGGAGUACCGGCGCAAGUGCACUGAGGAUCUUGAGUUUUCCGCCCAAGAGUUUGAAGGGGCAUUCCAUCAAUUUGGUAGCAAAGUAUUACCAACAUUGGAAGAUUUUAUCUCCUGCAUUGUGGAUAAUCAGAAACGAAACGAAAUUGAAGGGGAAUCCAUUACAGUGGACACCCGAGAAACUACAUACCGAAGACCCGAGAACGCGAGCUGUGAGGCGCGACUGGCAGACGCUGGUUUCCACUUUACAGGUGUAGGCGACCUCGUACGAUGUUUUGCGUGUGACGGAGGACUGCGACAGUGGGAUGCGGGAGAAGACCCUUGGAUUGAACACUGCCGCUCGUUUCCGGCCUGUCCAUUCGCCAGGAAAACCAAGGGGCACGAGUUUAUCGAGCUUAUUCAGGCUUCCGUCGACCAAGGGGAGGCCAUUUCUGAACUGGACGUAACAAUACCUGAGCUCGCGGAGUACCGGCGCAUAUGCACUGAGGAUCUUGAGUUUCCCGUCGAAGUGUUUGAAAGGGCAUACCAUCAAUUUAAAAAAAAUGGAAAUAUAUUACCAACUUUGGAAGAUCUUAUCUUCUGCAUUCUGGAUAAUCAAAAACGAGAUGGAAUUGAAAAUCUUCAAGGGAAAUCUAUUAUAGUGGGCACCCUAGAAAGCAUACACGGAGAGAACGCUUGCUUAGAGCACAUCUCGAAAUGCCAGUGGUGUAAAGUCAAUAACGUUAACGCACUGUUCCUGCCAUGUACGCAUCACCGGAUAUGCAUGGACUGCGUGAGGAAAUAUGACGUCACAAUGUGUCCUUUUUGCGACCGACAUAUCAGUAAAGUUGUUACAACACUGACAGUGACUUAUAUAUUAAAGUAGGAAAUAUAUACAAUACGCUUUCUGAAAUGAAUAUAUGAAAUGUUGCUUAUUAUUGAAUGCAAAUAAAGCAAUUUAUUACUGAACGAACACCAGAGAGGAUUUCAACGCUCUAGUGCACUUAAUGUCAAACUUAAAGUAAUUAAAGAUUAACGGCCGUAUCAACACGAUUCCUGAUGCUAUCGUAAGACAAACUAACUUUCAGUGGUCACUUUAUAACAAACCUUUGCCAAACGAACCUGGCCCAUUAUUUAAAUUGACAUUGAUUUCACAUGAGCAAACAUUCAUGCACAAAUGCAAUAAAACGUGGAGAUGUUGGAAAAACCACGUGACUAAUUGGUCAAGUGUACGGCAAAAAUUGUAAAUAAGAGGUCUCGAUUUAGGUAGGAUUUAUAAAGAUAACGUUCUAAAUAUAGAGAAAGUAUUUCGUUAUAUAAUGACCAAUUACCCCGCAAUAAAGAGCACUUUUCACGGUUAUGUAGAACUUCCCCAAAUUCCUACACAUUUUUUUUUUAAAAUCUCAACCAACUGAGUUGAAAAGUUUGGCAAGGUAUACGCUCUUUACAAAUAUAUUACUAAAAUUUGGGUUAAGAAAAAAAAACCCAAUACUACUAUCAUAUUUUCAACAAGUUUUAUGCGUUUUGAAGGUUUCAGAGGUUAUGGGUUUAUUUCUAAUAGUUAUUUCAAAGGAAAAAAUGGGCAAAAACAAAAUUCAUAAAUACAUGGACGUUUAGAUUUGACUUAGUACACGAACCUUUAGUGCAUAUACUUAUUAUUUCACUGACGGGUUCUAAAACAUUAUUAUAAAUAGAUAUUUAUACUAAUGACAUUUCUAAAUACACUUUAUUUUUGUAAACUAUGAACAAAUAUUGUACUGCCAAACGUAAAGCAAUAUAUACCUAUUACAGUUAAGGAAGAAACUCUUUACGCUCCAUAAGUAAAUCAAACUCUUGAAAGGUUUGGAAGUUUUUUAAGAAGUAUGAAAAAUGUAACCAAAUGUAAACAAUUUAGAUAUAACUGAAUUUGUAAACCAUUUUAAGAAUAUGGCUUGUUCGCCAAAUGAAAAUAGUUUUAGAGAACAUGUUAAAUAAUGUUUAACUGAUAGUGCUGAUAUUGAUAGUUUAGAUUGUUUGUUUAAUGUUGAUGAACAAAUUAAAAAAAUAUAUGUCAAGGCAAAAGAGCCAUAUCUUGCAUACAUUUUUUAACUAUAUUGUUGAAAGAGGGUUCUGCCCCGAUUCAUGGGAUUUAUAUAUAUGUAUAUAUCUGUGUUUAAAUUUGUAAAAGUGUUGCAAUCAAAUAAUAUAAGUGAGGUUACCAAACUAUGUGUUUCUGUUAAAGAUUGUCUUAAAGUUAGAUCCGAUAUAAGUAAUGUAAGAACUUUAUUUAGACAAAUUUGUUCAUUCACUGAUUUAAAUAGAUUAUAACAAUUACAUUAGUUACUGAAUUUGUUGUAACGUAUCAUCUUUUGUGUGUGAUUUCUUUUGUAUAUAUUUUUGUUUGUACUUCAUUGUUUGUUUUGUUACUAUGCAUACACGUUGACAUUUAUCAUUAUAAACAGAUGUGUUGAUUGCGAUGUACAUUGCACUAGUCGAAAUAAACUGUCUGUCUAUCUGAUAAACAUAAUCCCUCUAAUUACCAAGGAAUAUUAUAAAAUAUAGGGAACUAAGAUAUUUUGAUACAUUUACUAACAUACGCAUACUAACUAUAAUAGGUUGUUAUAACAUUUCAACCAUUAUCUCUAGAAAAUGUGUUUGUGUACUUCUUCCAUUUAUUGAUUUAUUUGCUUACAUUCUAUAAACAUUGUUUAAUGUGUUAUGCUAUAAAAAUAUCGUAUUGUAAUAUUAUGGCUAAAAUAUUACCGUUAACAUUACGAAAUCGAAUAGACAAUUGGUGUGAAAGUGAAAAUAAUUUAACGAUGCUCAGUUUGGAUUUAGAGAGAAUAGAAGCUCAGUUGAUUUUAUUUUAUCCUACACUCUGUUAUACAAAAUGUGUUAGUAAACAAAAUGAAGCUUUA